GUUGAAUAUGGAUUAAAGUCCCAAGUGAGCGAUAAAGAGGGAAAAUAUGAGGGUACAAUUGAAGAAGAAUAUUUGCAGUUUUUUCCCAUCCCUUUCAGUUUGCUGUUCUUUUUUUAUUUCUUAUAUUCGAAGGAGAGAGCAGACGAUUGGCGUUCCUCACUAUAUACAGUAUCACUUUUAUUUACUCUUCAAUGUACAAUAAACAGGUCUAUAAAAGAAUUAUUAUCGAAUUGGAAAGUAUAAACGAAAAAUGGAUCAAAAAGCUUUUAUAGGUAAAAAGAAAAAAAAAAGAAAAGAAUACCAGUUUUCAAAAAAGAACAAAAAGUGAAAAUCAACGAAAUAGAAUUUCGGUAAUUUUGAAUAAUAAACUAGAAAAUUAUUAUAAAAUCAUAAUAGUUUCCCUAAUCGAGAGAAAAUAUGAAAUAUAAAGAGAUAUUUACGCUAUUUAUCAAUCAAACAAUCAAGUUAAUACAAUUAAUAAUAGAAGAUAAAUAUAUAAAAAAAAAUAAGAAAGAUGAAAUAACAACAUUUGGUUGUUUGCUAUGAAAAGGAAAGUUUGUCAUAUUCUAUUUUUAGCCUUCUUAUGUUCAAUUUGGCAUAGAACACAAAGUUUAAGUAGAGUUGAUAAGAUAAGAAAUGAGACAGAACAUUUUGUUAAAAUAGUUUACGAAUGGCUGGAUAACGAUGACAAACAACAACGAAGUAAAGAUGAAAUAGUCGAUGCUCUAAAUAGUUAUCUUCUAUUUGAUUUUACGAUUGAAAGGGAAAGAUUUAAAAACUGUAUAUUCAAUAUUAUCAACUCUGAUAACAGGAUACAAUUAAUAAGGAAAUUGGAUAAUUGUACUAAUUUAAAUAUAAGAAAUAAUCCUCAAAAAGCUCUGACGAUAAGUCGUAAUCUAAAUUUGGCCUAUUCGACUUUAUAUAGAUUAUCUAAAAAUGAAAAGUAUAGCGAUAUUAAAGAAAUAAUUGAAACGAUUAUGAGAAAUGAACAAUAUUUUAUAAUUGAUAAUUGUAGGCGAAAUGAUACUGUUCUUUAUAAAAAAGUGAGUAGUUUCUUGGAUAUCGUUUAUCUUUAUCUAAGAUCAAUUUAUCCGGAAGUAAAAAGACUUUUUAAAGGUAAAAUAAGAUUAUUUUCAUUUGCCGUAUGUUUUAUAACUGAAACUGAAAAUUUGGAUGAUGCCAAUGACAUAAUUAGAGAAUUAUUUCAUCAUAUUUCCUAUGACAAACUAAUCGAUUUUGAAGACAAAAUAUUAAGGAUAAUUAAAGAUGAAAAAUUUUACAAACAAUCAAUCAGCAUUGUAAAAGAAUUUAUUGAUUUUAUCGUCAACAAUAAUUACUUAGGUAUUGAUAGUAAUAUGAAAAAUUUUGACCAGCCUUUGGAGGAUUUCCUUCAGUCUUUGGUUGAAAAAUACGGUUCAGAUUUCCUUAAAUAUUUUGAUUUGUUAGACGGAUAUGGCCUUAAAUAUAUACAAGUUGAUAAAACUUCCAUUUCAACCAUUGUUGACUAUUUAAAAAAACUAGGAUAUUGGAGAAGAUUGUGCAAGUAUGGAAAAUGUCCUGGAGAGACUGAUAUUGAUAAAACUAUAGCUAGAUAUAUUGUAGCUGAAUUUGGCGAUAGUGCAUUCCAUUUUAUAGAAACCGUUCAUAAAGAUUUAGCGGAAGUGCUAAAUUCGUUGAGAGAUUCAAACUUUAUAGAUAUAUUUAAACAACUUGAUCUUAUACACGGAUCAGAAUGAUUUUCGGAAGACGACGAAACUAUAUUUCUAAAUAAUAUUAUAAAUAGUUUGUCAUACAGUAAUAUAUCCACCUAUAUUAUUAUCAUUCAGUUGUUGUUUUGCUAAUUCACAUUAAACACUUACUUAUUUAAAGAAUCUCAUAAUUGCAAACGUUAUUAACAUCUUUCUUAGCUUUUAAUCUUCUAAGUUGACAAACACGUUUACUGCAAGAACAAGUAAUUUGACAAUCGAAUAUAGAGGAUGUAGUAUGAAGUGAACAACGACUAAAUGGACCAAGUACCAAAGCGUCUCCGUUAAUUGUAAUCAACAAAUUGCCAAACUGCUUGUUAAAAUGAUACUGCUCAAAUGCUUGCUUGCAUUUGUAAAAAUUAAAGUUUGUCAAAGAAAUCAUAUAUUCUUUUUUUAGAAUAUUCUGUUCAGUUUGUAAAUCGAUAAUUUUAAUAGAAGAACAACCCUUUUUAUCUUCAUCGCUGUUCGGUUGAUUGUCAAAAUCUAUUCGACAGAGUAGACAUUCACCAUCGAAUAUCUUACAAAAAUUCUCGUUAAUCCAACAAGGAGUUGACGAUAAGUCACCAACCUGUUGGAUAAUCUUACAAUUCAUUUUCCGUUUGCAACUAUUAACACAUUGUUCUGCUAGAAGUGUAUUAUUAGGAUAGGUGAUAAUCUUAGUUUCGAUGGGAAAACAGGUACUGUGUAAUGGAUUAGCCAAAUCUUGAAUCUUUUUAUUAAAACAUUUGGAGAGAUUAUCGUUUAUGUCGAGAUUUUUAAUACUCUUUACGCAAUGAUCAGAAUGAAUUUGACACUUUUUCAAAGAUUUAUUAAAGGUAAAACAUUGACAAACUGGUUGAAAUAAGCAAGCUUGUUUACAUUCCUCAAUAUUUCUCGUAUUUAUAAACGUAGAAUUAUCCUUUAAUACCGUUUUCCCAACGUACGAAAAUUCUGGUACUUUACCAUCGUCAAAGUUACAAAGAUGCGAUGAUAAUAUGUUAUUAUCAUCAUCAUUAUCAUC